AUGUCCAACGCGCUCUUCGAUGACAUAUUCUCCGUGAACGAGGUGGACCCGGCGCGGUACAACAAGGUGUGCAGGAUAGAGGCGCAGUCAACCACACAGGAACAGUGCAAAUUGACGUUGGAUCUAAACACGGAAUUGUUCCCAGUGUCCGUGAACGAACAACUCACAGUGACACUCGCCUCGUCGCUGUCCCUUGACGCCCAGGGGACCGCGGGGGACACCGCCUCAAGGAGCUGGAGACCCCCACAGCAGGGGGACAGGUCCCUGGCGGACGACUACGACUACGUCAUGUACGGCACAGCGUACAGGUUCGAAGAGGUCAGCAAGGAACUCAUCGCCGUGUACUACUCCUUCGGCGGGCUUCUACUCAGACUAGAGGGCAACUACAGACACUUGAACAGCUUGAAACAGGAAAACGCAUACUUGCUCAUCCGUCGUUGA